UGUUUUUCUGCUCGCUGAGUUAGGUUCGAUAGUGCGUUCGAACUGAGAAUAUUUCUACUUCAGCAGUUAAAUAAAAUAUUCCAAGACGUGAAUUACAAGAUAUAAAAAAGUAUUUACAACGUUUGAAGUUGUAAUCGAUAAUUAAAAAAACAAAAAAUAUAAACAGUUAAAGUGCAAACCCAAAAACAUAUACGACUGCUCUUGGGAAGUCUCAACUCGUCAGUUUUUUUUGGAUUGCGUGAGUGGCUUUUUGGGGCCAUACAAAACGAAAAGUGAAAAUCACAUAUUAAAAGUGUUGAGCACUAUAAUAAGCAAGACGAAGAAAUUUGUUUAUAUUACAAUUCUAAACAAAUCGACUGCAAAAACAACAAAAUUUCACUUGCAAAGCAAGUGCUAAAAAAAAACGACGAUACUUCGACAACAUCGUGAGCGUGCUCCACACCAAGCAGCAAACGUUUGUGCUCACUUGCUUCUCACACUCAUCGCAACGCGUUUUGGAGACUAACGUGUUGUGUGUGUGCGUGUGAGUGUUUUGUCAGUGAGCUCGCCCCUCUUUUCGUUGGGCAGCGAAAUACGUACAGGCGAGCACAGAAAAACAAAAGUUUUUGGCGCGAAAAGUUUGACAUUUCACUUGGUCGUGCGAUUCGCAAACAAGUGGCCAAAGCAGAGACAGCAAAACUGCGUCGCGUCGCAGCCCAAAAGGAAAAUAACAAACAAAUAACAAAAUAACCAAGCAACAACGACAACAUGGUCAGUGCACGCGUCUUCAACCCUGUGCUGAGCGAGCUCUGCAAAAUGAGUGGCAGCCCAGGCGUUACUCGCAACUUGGAGCGCAUCAAGCGAAAUCUGUUUGGCCCAACUCCAGCGAAAUUGGUGGAAACCACAAAAUCACCUUUCAAUGCGGAGCUGGAACGUCAUCAGGAAAUGGCCACACAAAAGUGGGGCUUUGAUUUUCGUGCCGAUCGUCCAUUGAGCGCCAAUGGCAGUUUCAUCUGGGAGCGAGUCAGUUCACAGGAAUCCACAUUUGCGCCUCAAAUGUACACACUCACCCGUGCUGCCCACGUGCGCUCCAAUGCCAAUGCCAGCGACUCUGCGCUGCCCAGUGAUAUGGAUGUGCUGUUAAAUGAGCGUGCUGAUCGUGAGAAUUUGGCCAAUUCAUCGCUGGAUUCGAACACAGACAAUGAGUACGACUCGCAAAACGAGUCGAUGCAACUGGCCGCCUCUACAUCUGCUGCAGCUCUACUGGCCGCCUCCUCCUCCUCAUCAUCAACGUCGACGCAGCAACGCAAGCGACAGCUCAAAAUCACAGAGUUCAUGAAGGAACGCAAGCGUCUGGCCCAGGCGCCAAAGAAAAUCUCACCCGCCAAACGUAUGCGUACAAGCUCCGGCUCCAGCAGUAGUAGCGCCAGCAUUGGAUCACAAUUUGGUAGCCUGUUAAAGCGUCAGCGCAACAAUUGAAUAGUUAGUUGCAAUGUACCAAAUAAUAUUAUGAAAUGCCAAGAGUUAGUUGCAGCUAUAUUCGAUCUAUCAAUUCAACUCACUUGCAAUUUGUAAUUUUAUUUUUUAAGCCACUGCGAAAAUUCGAUUUUUUACAUUCAAUUCAAUAUAGAAUUCUAAGUAAAUAUUUUAAAUUAAGCAAAACGAAAAAAUAACUGUGCAGUGCAAGGGCGAAAGUUGCGAAUAUUAACAUUACUAGAUUAAUGCUAGCUACUAUUAACCAGUACUAGUGAUAGAACAAAAUAGAUAUUAAUUAAAUAACAUGCGCUAAGUACGAGCUAUAUGAAACUUUUUAGAUUUCUCUAGUGAGAAAUGCCAUAAACUAAGUGAUUAGUUCUUAACACAACAACCACCAACUAUACAAACCUAGACACACGUUUUUUGAAAAAUCCAUGAAAUUUCAAUUCCUAUAAAUUAUGUAAAUUCCCUUUUUGUAAAUUUUACUCUCAACUGUUUUGUGGUUGUGCGUAAAAUUUGUUAUCAAACAAAACUUGACGUCACUCUGCUUAUUUCCCCAAUUUCCCAACUCUCCCUCUUAUAUAUAUUUAAUUGUUAAUAUAUAUGAAACUAUUUGUAAGCAGAGUUACGUUGAAUUUUGUCACGCAGGCCCUAAAACCAUUUAUAAUAAGCUUUAUUUAAAUUGUUGAGCUUAUUGUGUUCAUUGUUUUCGUGGCUUUGCCAAAACAAAUGUCCUUAAUUCGACCAGUGGAACACCCUUUGUAUAAAAAGUUAAAACCCAAACUUUGGCUAAUUUGUGCGCUUUUGGAAAUUGAUUUUGUAUAUAUUCCCAAUAGUUCAUAAAUUUGCUUAUAUCUUACAUCUCAACUGGAAAAUUGCUCUUUAUGGCUUGCCAAAGAAUUUGGCAAUAAAUUUAGAGCUAUUUUGCUCAACUAUCAUGUACAAAUGCUAUAAAUAAUAUUCAUUAUAUAAUUAUAAAUAUUAUAUAUACGUAGGCAGAGCCUAUAUUAUUGAAUAACAUUUACAAGAUCAUCCUAUUUGUAAGCUUAGCAUAAGAACAAAUCCAAAGUAUUCACUUAAUAUUUAUAUAUAGAAUUCAUAUUGUGUGCAUAAUUAUACAACUCAUACUCUUCAAUAAACAAACAAACAAAACACAAAUACAAACAUUAAAUUAACUACUCCAAAAUAUUUGUUCCACCCAAAAAUUCAUUUGAUUCAACUAGCCAACGAAUUGGCCAACUUAUACACAUACAUACAUACAUACAUAUAUCAUACGAUUACAUUUAUAUAUUGUUGCUAUUUUGUAGACGUAUUUGUUUAUACGUAGCUUAAAU